CAAUCAAUCUUGGAAAUUGGUUUUCCGUCUUACCCACACCGUAAUUUCUAAAAUUUGUACUCAAAAGGAAACCAGCAUUUAAAUAUUAUCUUACUUUAAUAACUUAAGAGGACUUAAUACAUUUAGGUUGAUGUUUUAGAUAAUACGUUUUAACGUAGUAAUAAUAUUUUAUACAAAGAUAAAUUGUAAUUUUGGUAGAAUAUGAACAAGGGAGAUUCAGCACAACAAAACAAAAGAGACAUGCACAGGGGGAAUGGUGGAGGCACUGCACCUGGCAAAACUGAUAGACAGGGUGAAUCAAAUGCCGUCGAAUUUGAGCAACAAGAAAUCACCUUCAAAUGUGAUGAGAUAAAUAAGCGUUCGAUCGGCCGUGCUAUCAUCAAAUUCUGUGGAAAUGAAGGUACACAAAAUGACUCCAAUAAAGCUACCCUAAGGAGACUUAUGCAAGCUGUCAUUUCACAUCUUGAACAGGAAAAGCCAGACAUCUGGAAGAAUGCGGAAGUGAAAAUAUAUGAUGACAAUUUUGAUGUGUACUCAAUCCGUUCUGGCAACGGUCAUGCAUUGUUUCUAGCAACUUUUGAUGGUCUGGGAAACCCUCAAGUUGUAAAGACAAGCAGGUCUAGGAUCGAGUCAAAUCGGGUUCAAGGAAAACAAUGCUCACUUAUGUAACUUUUGAAUACUUUAUACAUUUUAUAGAAAAUCCGUCAGAGCACAUCAUUAGUCGGAAGUUUGUAAUUUAUAUGAUAUACUGUUUAUACUGUUUUUAAUCAUCAGUUUCAGAUUUUAGAUCUAUUGGCAUAUCGGCAUACAGAAAAGACAUUUGGCUAUUUACAAAUACAUGAAAGAUAUUACAAAUAUACAAUCUAUAUUCACAAAAUCUAGAAACUGAAUAUUAUUUCUUGUCAUGCUGUCGGCUUUAUAGAAACCUUCGGGAAAAACAUAUUGUGGUAACAACUCGUUGGCCUAUUUAUAUUGAUUUACUAGAAUAUCAUCAUGGAGUAAAAAACAAAAGUGUUAGAAACGCAGCGAAAUGUGUCUACUCUUUUAAGCAGUUUAGACAGGAAGAACUUACUGAUGCUGCUCCUUUAAAACUUCACCAUUUUGUUAAAAUUCUAAUUUUGUUAGUGUUGUAUGCUAUAAAAAGUUGCGUACGUUCA